AUGGAUGCCAGUGUCCAAGCUCGAUCACCUUUUCCGGCAUCAAUAAGCGCGACAUCUUGUCACGCCCAACCGUCAAUUGACAAACAACGUCAACGCUGCUGCUUUGACGCUGCUGCUUCAACGCUGUUGCUACCACAGCUCCGCGAAAUUACUACGGAAGCCAGCAAUGUCACGUUGGCUGGGUGCAUCGCAGAGCUCAUCGAGUCCGUGAACGGCACUGAAGCUUGUGCAGUUGUGUCCACCACCUUGCAGCUAACCAACAAGUUGCGCGACGCAGUUUCCGCCGCCGUCACGAGGACGCAGAGCAAAGAUGGGGCACGACGUGCUCACUGA